UGUGCCAAUUGCCGGGCAGGGCAGCGGAGGGGAUCGCGGUCGGGUGGGGCUACGCGGUACGGCGGAGCCCCAACCGCAGUAGAAGGGACCGUGGUGCAGUGCAGGACGGAGCUCGUGAGGAGGAUGGGAAGGGAGGGGAGGGGCAGCAGACGAGUCUCAUCUGAAGGGAUAGACGGCGCCAGCUCGAGGGAGGAUUUCAAGGGGGGGUCGUGAGCGCGCCCGGUCUUCCAUCGCAGCGUGGGCGCUGAUCAGAGCGUGGGCGCGUGCGCGGUCUUCAAUCCCUGUCCACCCGCGCCUUGGGCCCCUUCGCUCGGCCUGCAUUCCUGCAUUCCUGCAUCGUCUUGCCCGUCGUUCCCCCCGGGAGUCGUCGUCCGCUCCUCGCCGCUGUGGCACUUUUUCUGCAGCCACCGAGCGGAAUUCGCAGUGAUCAGUUCGUCCGCAGCAAUAUAAGCAACCAAUUUAUCUCUCGCGGGGUCGAGCGCAUUCGCCAAGAGCGCUUGAACGCCCCCGAGCUCCAAUAGUUGCUGGAUUCUGCCAUCGCCGGAGCUGUGUUCGGCGAGAAGAUCGUGGUGGGCGUGUGGUCGGCACGAGGCAUUGACAUUGGCGUGAAGCUCCGGUGGAGCGAAGGGCAGGGGCGACGGGAGUGGAGCCGUUCUGGUCUGGUAUGAUCAUUAGUCUGUAGGGAUACUCCGGGGUUUUGAAGGCAGGCACCGUGAUGGCCUCGAUCAGAUCAGUCGCAGGAGCUGUAGCACCCUCCUCGUUCAGGGCUGUUUCGGACGAGCACAGGGCUCCUACUUCUUCCGGACGAUGUAGUCUCAAGAGUUCUUCACUCUUCGGUUCAGGAUUGGAUCUUCCUGUUCUCAGCAGAAAAUUCACUCUCGCAGAUGCAGUGACCCUGCAGGGCGGUGUCGCCCGCGCUCAAGGAUUAGAGGAUGGCGCUCAACCCCUGCCUGCAAGCCACAGAUACAAGGUUGCCAGCCAGGCUGCAUUUGAACAUCUGCGGAAUGUUAGCAAUAAUCGAUACACGAGUGUCAAAAGCAGCAUACUCGUACUGGGCCUCAGUGUCCACAGUUGCCCAGUCUCUAUGCGCGAGAAGCUUGCCGUACCAGAAGCAGAGUGGCCUCGAGCAAUUGGCGAGCUAUGCGAGCAAAAUCACAUAGAAGAGGCAGCUGUGUUGAGUACCUGCAACCGUAUGGAGAUUUAUGUUGUCGCUCUUUCUUGGAACCGAGGGGUGCAAGAAGUGACAGAGUGGAUGUCCAAGACCAGUGGUGUGCCUGUGCGAGAAUUGAGGGAGCACCUCUUCAUCCUUAGAGACCGUGAUGCCACACAGCAUCUCUUCAGGGUUUCUUCAGGUCUGGACUCUCUUGUUCUCGGAGAGGGUCAAAUUCUCUCUCAGGUGAAGCAGGUGUACAAAGUCGGUCAGACAGCACCUGGUUUUGGUAGGAACCUGAAUGGUCUGUUUAAGCAGGCCAUUACCGCAGGGAAGCGAGUGCGGUGCGAGACCAGUAUCUCUGCAGGAGCGGUGUCUGUUAGUUCUGCGGCUGUUGAACUCGCCGUAAUGAAACUACCGGAGCAAGGAAUUUCAAAUGCCAAGGUUCUGAUUGUUGGAGCCGGCAAAAUGUCGAAGUUGCUGGUUAAGCAUCUCAUAUCGAAAGGAUGUAGCAAAAUGGUGAUAGUAAACAGAUCGGAAGGCAGGGUUGCAGAUCUACAGGCCGAAUUUCCAGAUGCUGAGCUGAUUUACAGACCGUUACCUGAAAUGAUGACUUGCGCUAAGGAAGCAAAUGUGAUCUUCACUAGUACUGCGUCCGAAACUCCGUUGUUCUUCAAGGAGCACGCGGAACAGCUCCCUGUGCCCCCUGAGUCCCUCGGUGGCAUUAGACACUUCAUAGAUAUAUCUGUUCCCAGAAAUGUCGGUGCUUGUGUAGCCGAAGUGCCUACUGCCAGAGUUUACAACGUCGAUGACUUAAAGGAAGUGGUGGCUGCAAACAAGGAGGAGCGAAGGAGAAAGGCUCUUGAAGCACAAGUAAUAAUUGAAGAGGAACUUAGAAGUUUUGAUUCUUGGAGAGACUCGCUUGAAACUGUUCCUACUAUCAAGAAGCUUAGAGCUUAUGCCGAAGGCAUCAGAACCGCAGAGCUUGAGAAGUGUUUGGGCAAAAUGGGUGAGGACCUGACGAAGAAAAACCGUAAGUUAGUGGAAGAGCUUAGCCGGGGAAUUGUCAACAAGUUAUUGCACGGCCCAAUGCAGCAUCUGAGAAGCGACGGAACUGAUGCCCGGACAGUGACCGAAACCAUCGAGAACAUGCACGCAUUGGAGAGAAUGUUUGACUUAAAAGCUGAUCUCUCCGCCUUGGAGAAGCAAUUCAGAGCCGCUGCAGAGAAAGUCUCUCAAUGAGGUCUGAUGCUCGAUGCGGCGCUGGAAUCGCCUGUUUUUAUCAUUUUGUAGAUUAGCGAUUCAUUUGUGUACAUUCACUCUGUAGUUUGGAGAGUGUAACUUCCACCCAGGGCUCUGGGUGCAAGUUCAUUUGUAGCAUGUUAGGAUGUUUCCUUGCACUAAAGGCAAAAAUUCGGCUCAUCUCCAGGCAAGUACCUGUAAUGUUCUUGCCUUGUAUACUGUUGAGAACAUCUAGAAUCAUACUUGUAUUUGAGAAUUGAUUCUCAUCAGUACAGUUUCAGUUGUAUUACUUGUUCAUACUUUUCAAGCUAUCCUAACUCUAAAGUGGGAUGUUAGUGCAGCAAUCAAUGUCCACUGAUUGGCAGCUAGUAACCAUUGACUUUCCAAUUAUUCUGUGUAUCCCCGUCUCAUUGUGGAGUAUGUGGAAUGUUCUUCGCCUUGGUUUCA